GUCCAGCUUGAAGGUGCUGCAGCCUGGGUCUUGGAAAAGCAGGGCACAGCACCGAAGCUGGUGAGUUGCACUGGUGAGCACCAGUACUCAUGGCGGGACAGGCUGACGAUCGUAUCAGAUCCUCGUGGUGUUUUGGCAAGAGGAACAGGAACUUCAAUGUGGGCUGCAGGGGAGGUGCUCUCAGACUAUUUAGCGGACAAUGAGCACCUUUGCAGGGGAGCCACCUGUUUGGAAGUGGGCGCUGGCACUGGGGUUGUUGGUCUAACAGCAGCGCAUUUUGGUGCGAAGUUGGUUGUACUGACAGACGUGGCCAGACAGAUACCCCUUUUGCAGAGAAAUGCGACGGCCAAUGAUGCUGGAGAGGUGCAUGUCAAAGAGCUGGACUGGACAAAGGAGGAGCAGAGGGCUGGUUUGCAACCAUGGAAGGGAAGCUGGAGUUUGAUUGUUGGCUCAGACGUUGGCUAUGAUCCAGAUCUGUUUGAGCCACUCCUGCAGACGUUGCUAGCCCAAAGCAGCUCGACGACAAAUAUCCUGUUGGCUUUGGCUGACCGGGAAGAGGAGGACGAGCCAAAUGUCGAGGACUUCAUUUAUGCAGCAGCUCCACACUUCGAGGCUUCUGUGAUCUUUGAACGACGUGCUGAACCUCAGCAGAGCCUUACAAAGGUUGUCCAGAUGCGCAAGAGGUCCACUGAAAGCAGCUGA